AUGAACAUCGAUUCGAAGUUAAACAACCCGAAUCUGACGUUUGCGACCAAGAAGAUGUGGCUCAACGCAGCUCUAGCCAUCUUCAUUGCCUAUGUACCAACGUCGAGCUACGGAGAAGACGAGUUGGAAGCGUAUUAUAUGGAUCUGGAGAGGCUCUACAGAGAAGGCCAUACUUUCUUCAAGGUCAUCGUCGGUAAUUUUAACGCCAAGAUUGGCCUCAAAAGAACGGCUGAAGAGCUCCACAUCGGGACUCACGGAAUGGAAUAG